GGGUUUAUACUCAUUUACAGAACAAGAAAAAAUAAAUCCUGAGUUGUAUGCAGGAUGACACGUUACAAGUCAGAAUUGAGAGUAAAAUGUCGGAUAAGGAGAAAAGAAAGAGACAUUACAGUUGAUACGACAUUGUCUGAUAAAUUGUUAAAUAAAGGUAAUCAGGCUAUUUUCACUAUAGGUAACUUUAGUGAUACAUGUUAAGGUGAAACUUUAUCUUAUAAGAAGACUUUGAAAGAUUCAAUUGAUGGGAUAGUUCAAGGUAUACUUUAUUAGAUAACUCAAAAAUGAUUCGAUCCACUUUUAAAACUCUAUCAGCUAAAGCUGCUUCUCAAUUAGAUCAAGAAUUAAUGUCAACUGGAGCAUUUUCUAUAGAUCAAUUAAUGGAAUUGGCCGGUUUGGCUGUGGCUCAAGCUGUUUAUAAACAAUAUCCUCCAACUUCAACUUCAUCAUCAUCAUCAUCUCAAAAAGUAUUGGUUUUAGUGGGUCCAGGUAAUAAUGGUGGGGAUGGUCUUGUUGCUGCAAGACAUUUAAAAUUAUGGGGUGGAUAUGAUCCUAUAUUAUAUUAUCCUAAAAAAUCAUCUAAAAAUCAAUUAUAUACUAAUUUAUUAACUCAAUUAGUUGAUUUAGAAGUUCCUGAAAUAUCAACCGUAGAUGAAGUCAAACAUCUACUUUCUGUAUCAAAUAAUGUAAAAUUAAUCAUUGAUGCUUUAUUUGGUUUCUCAUUUAAACCUCCUAUUAGAGAACCAUUCCUUGAAUUAAUCACUUAUUUGUCAGAAAAUCAUACUACUAUCGUUCCAAUAGUAUCCAUUGAUAUACCUUCUGGUUGGGAUGUUGAUAAUGGUCCAGGUGAAAUAGAUAUUAAUCCGACAAUGCUUAUAAGUCUUACCGCUCCAAAACCGUGUGCUGCAAAAUUCAUCGAAUCUUCUUCUCCUGAUAAAUCUCAUUAUCUUGGUGGAAGAUUUAUAAAUCAAAAGAUUGCUAAAAAAUAUGAUAUUGAAGAUUUAAUUCAAAAGUACAAAGACGAUCAAUUGAUUGUAAAGUUAUGAUUUCUAUUUAUGACCUACCCAUAUAUAUCUAUAUCUAUAUCUAUUUAU